AUGAAGAACUUCGCUACCGUCGCGGCUCUUGCUGCUGGUGCCAAUGCCUUCGUUGGCAGGAGCAACAAUUGCUGUUUCCAUCUAACUGCAUCCGGUGGCGAGUCUGGAACUGUUGGUCAGCUUGAUGAUGGACAGAACCGCAUCCACGGUGGAUUGCAAGAAGCUCAGUUUUGCAUCGACUCCAAGGGUGCUCUCACGGAUGGAAACGGUCGUGGAUGCAUUAUUACUGGUCCAACUACACAGUUCCAGUGUGAUGAGGGGGCCACACCUAUGACCGGUUGGUCUAUCAACUCGCAGGGUCAGGUCUCGUACAAUGGUGAUGCGGAUUUUGUUGCAUGUGCGACUGGCCAGAACGGCGGGUUGAAUAUCUAUACUACGGAGAGCUCUGAUGUGACUGAAUGCAAGGAUAUCAAAUUGUCUGCCGACUCGUGCUCUAGCUCUGCUUCUGGCUCUAGCUCUGUCGCAGUCCCUAGCUCCAGUACUCCAGUCCCUGGCCCGACCUCUAGUGCCUCUGUUCCCUACGUCCCCGGUCCCUCCUCUAGUGCCUCUGUACCUUAUGUUCCUGGGUCGAGUGGAUCUGUUGUCACUCUCCAAACGACUGUGACCUCGACCUACUGCCCCGAGUCAUCGACUGUGCCUGUUGUUCCUGUACCAAGUGUUCCUGGCACUCCUGGAACCCCUGGCGUCCCUGGAACUUCUGCUACUCCCGGUGUCCCUGGCACAUCUAGUGUUCCAGUUAUUCCCGGCACAUCUGGCACCCCUGGCACCCCUGGAGCUUCGAGUGGCCAGCCUUCUCAGACCGCUACUAGCGUCCAGCCGUCUGGUACUUCAACUGCAGGUGGAAGCUGCCCCACAGAUCUCUCUGGUGAAUAUGAAUACCCUCAUUUGAUCAUUCCUAUCGACUCUUCCUCACCUGAUACGGCCGCUGGCACGUCUUACAACGGCACCAUCUCGUCCACCGUCUCGACCAUCUUCAACUUCGAUAUCCCCUCCUCUGACGCUGGAAAGACGUGUAGCCUUGUCUUCCUCUUUCCCAAGAAGGAGGAUCUUGAGACUUCAUCUUACUCCUUCAGCGGCGACGGCAAGGUUGACUUCGCUUCCCUCCAGUCCGCUGCUACCCAGUCUACCACCUACAACAAUGCCCCGGCAAUCAAGGAAGACUAUGGUGACCUCACUAUCUCCCCUGGCAACUCCUACCUCAUCUCAACUUUUGAAUGCCCGGCUGGUCAGGCCGUCAGCUACGAAAUGAAGAACUCCGGUAGCACCGAGCUGGAUUUCUUCGAAGACUACAACCCAUCCCCCGCAUGUAUCGCCGGCUUUUACAUCAUCGACUCUAUUGAGCCAUAUCAUCAGCAUUUCUCCUUGAAUAAUAUUUCCCUUAUGUACCCUUACGCUGUCCAUGAGCGCGUGUCCAUCCCACUCGCCCUGUGUAUCUCUGGCGUGGCCCCUCUGAUUAUCAUUGCGGUUUAUACACUCUUGAUCGAUGGAUUGUUUUCUCACAACAAACCUGUGGACCCGACUUCUGGAAAGAGGAAGCUGACGGGACCAUACCGGUUCAAAGACCGGCUGUGGGAGUUCAACUGCGGUUUCCUUGGCCUUCUACUGUCCCAAGGCCUUGCGUUUCUCAUUACCCAGGUUCUCAAAAAUGCUUGCGGCAAACCCAGACCAGAUAUCAUUGAUCGAUGCCAGCCCCGACCAGGAAGUGAGGAUCCAUUUCGUGGCUUGUCGAAUUACACAAUCUGCACGGGUGAUCCGGCGAUUAUCAAGGAUGGCUUUCGUUCUUGGCCUUCAGCUUCCUUUGCCGGAUUGUUUUAUCUGACCCUGUGGCUUUGCGGGAAGCUGCAUUUCAUGGACAACCGCGGUGAGGUCUGGAAGGCGAUUAUAAUCAUUAUUCCUUGUAUUGGUGCCACUCUUAUCGCAGUGAGUCGGAUUAUGGACGCAAGGCACCAUCCAUUUGAUGUGAUCACCGGCUCGCUUCUGGGCGUUGUCUGUGCCUAUAUCGCGUACCGCCAGUACUUCCCCUCAAUCACAGAGCCGUGGAAAAAGGGGCGAGCUUAUCCGAUUCGGUCUUGGGGUAGAGAUCCGGUCGCCCCAAGCGACACUGCCCCUCUUGUGGCCACUAACGAAAGCACUGUCGCGCUGCGGAAUCCCGAGGAGGAGAGGCUCAAUGCGUCCGGCGUUCCUGACUCUCAAGACCCCACUCAAUUACGCGCCUCAACGUAUAUGCCUCCAGCUAACAACCCAUACGCCACGAAUAUGUAUAGCCGCGAUGAUGACGGACAUUGGUCGUCUUCAAGUGAGGAUGUUGCAAAUGGAUAUGAAAUGCAACAUGGUUACGCUCGGACGCAAAAUCCGACAUACGGCGGACAGCUUCCUCGUUACGAGACUGAUACGUCGUAUCACUCCCAGAUACAACCUCAAGUUACAGGUGUCAGCGCGUCCCAUCCACCACCGAUGACGACCGUUCGCUCUGACGGCGAACGGGAAUUAACGGACGUGCCACCGCGAGCAUUUUAA